GCGCGGGGGGCGGGGCCUGGCGCGGGGAAUGCGGGCGCGCCGAGAGCGAAGCGGACGCUGGGUCUGAGGUGGAGGACCCGCGGUGUUCGCAGCGCCGAGGAUGUGCGGGCGGACGUCCUGCCACCUGCCCAAGGAGGUCCUCGCCCGGGCCUGCGCCUACCGGGACCGGCAGGGCCAACGGCGGCUCCCAGAGUGGAGGGACCCGGACCGGUACUGCCCGUCGUACAACAAGAGCCCGCAGUCCAGCAGCCCGGUGCUCCUGUCCCGGCUGCACGUGGAGAAGGGCGCAGACUCAUCUGAGCGUAUCAUUGCUCCCAUGCGGUGGGGCUUGGUCCCAUCUUGGUUUAAAGAAGCUGAUCCUUCCAAGCUGCAGUACAACACUAGCAACUGUCGUAGUGAUACCAUAAUGGAGAAACGGUCCUUUAAGGUGCCUCUGGGAAAGGGAAGACGCUGUGUUGUUUUAGCAGAUGGUUUCUAUGAGUGGCAGCGAUGUCAGAGAACAAACCGGACGCAGCCCUACUUCAUCUACUUCCCCCAAAUCAAAACAGAAAAGUCAGAGAGCAUGGGUGCUGCAGAUGGCCCUGAGGACUGGGAGAAAGUCUGGGACAACUGGAGGCCGCUGACAAUGGCCGGGCUCUUUGACUGCUGGGAGCCCCCGGAGGGAGGAGACUGCCUGUAUUCUUACACCAUCAUCACAGUGGAUUCUUGCAAAGGCUUGAAUGGCAUCCACCACAGGAUGCCUGCCAUACUAGAUGGAGAGGAGGCAGUCUCUAUGUGGCUGGACUUCGGGGAGGUCUCAGCUCAAGAAGCUCUGAAGUUAAUUCACCCCACGGAGAACAUCACCUUCCACCGAGUCUCCUCCGUGGUGAACAGCUCCCGGAACAACACUCCUGAGUGCCUGCUUCCUCUCCGCUUGCUGGGCAGAAAGACACUGCCCCGUUUCUGCCAUGGUCUUUACUCCAGAAGAAUUCACAUUCUGGAGAGGUGGCAUCGUGUGAACUCAGAAGCUUCAGUCCGGGGUUGGCGAAGGAGCUCAAGGCAAGUGGCAGCAGCCAGAAGAUGUUGCAAUGGCUGGCCACAAAGUCACCCAAAAAGCAAGACACCAAAACACCCCAAAAGGCAGAGUCAGAUGUGCCCCAGUGGUCCAGCCAGUUCUUGAAGAAGAGCCCGCUCUCCCCCAAGAGAGGCGGUGCUGACCUCCUGGAGCGAUGGCUGAAGCGGGAGAAGGAGGAGGAGCCUGUGGCCAAGCGGCCUCACACCCAGUAGCGCAGGACUUCCAGAGGCCGAGGCCGAGGUGCGCCGUGCUGAACACCACGGUGACGACAGGUUGGGGAGGUGGGUGUGGCUUGGAGGAGGUAGCACAGUGUUAGUUAACAGUUGUGGCUUCUUGGGGGAGUGGCUGUCCUGACUGUGACUGGGAACCCCCAGUGGGGUGGGUGGGCAGCCUGGGAAAAGGGAGAGGCACCACCGUCAACUCAUGAUGGGGGGGGGCCCUUGUGGCCACAGCUCUCUCCUGGAACCCCGGGGACCUUCCCUCAGAGUCUGACCCUGCUGGCAGUUCUCAGCGUCCCCUGGUACUGCUUAGCAGAGGCUGUUUUCUGUUUAGCCUUCUGGCUCUUUUCAGUGCUUUGGAAUUAAGUUCUUAAAACAUUGUAUUUUUUUCUGAAUAAAGUGUUUGAUAAACUGUU